UCUUGAGAGAACUAUUUUAAGAAAAAAGAAGAAAUUGCAACCUAACAGAAUUUACGCUUAUUUCUAUCUUCCUUCCGAUUUCCUUUUUCUCAUAUUUUUGUACUUUCUUUCUCUUUCCAUUUUAAACUUUUCUUUUUGUUUUUCUUCCUUCUUUAAUCUUCCUUCAAUGUCAUUCAAAUUAUUACAUCUUCCACUUCAAGGUACACCGUACAACACACACCUCCAUUCUUCUCACUUCAACUCAACCUCCUCCAUUAACAUGUAAUAAACUCGAUCUCUUUGAUUUGCUGUUGUUAGUUCAUGGACCACUUUGGCCACCCCACCGAUGAUGGUGUUCUCGUUGAUGCCAAUGCUGGAAGCUUUGCCACACCUAGACCUUCCAAGAGACGCAGAAAUGGGUGGAUUCCUACAAAGGAUUCCCGUUCCCCCAUUCUUUCCUCUCCUUCCCUCACCAUUCCUCCUGGAAUCAACCCAACUCUGUUGCUUGAUUCACCUGUUAUGCUUCUCAAUACACAGGAUUUGCCAUCUCCAACCACUGGUACUUUUCCUCCCAUACAUCAAAUAAAGGACGAACAAUCAUUGUUGAAUCCUGUAAUGCCAGAAGAUGGAAUUAGCCACGGUUGUGAGGAUUCCUACUUAAGGUUCGCACCUCAGGGGGAGCUUUGUACUCUUCAAGGUCUUUUGAGGCUUGAAAAUCGGGAAGCUGAAAUUGAUCAUCAAGCCCUUGAAUCGGAGAAAACGCUGAUGGAUUUUGAAUUCGUACCUGAUGUCCCAAAAGAGGCUUCUGUAUUGAAAUAUGAAAUAGCUCCAUCCACUGACAAUGGUUAUUAUGAUGGCAAGAUUGUUAAUGGCAACUGUGAGAAUAUGGAAAGUUGUCUUUCUUCUAUAACUACUAACCAACCAUGUAUACAUGAAGAAUCGACACAAGGAGAUGACAUUGACACACAACAUCCUUUAGAAGAUGAACAGAAAGGGUCUUAUAUUCCUAUGGGAAUGUUAAGGACAUCAGAAGAUGGAUACAACUGGAGGAAAUAUGGACAGAAACAGGUCAAAGGUAGCGAAUAUCCUAGAAGCUACUAUAAAUGUACGCAUCCAAAUUGUCUCGUAAAGAAAAAGGUGGAGCGAUCUCUUGAUGGUCAAAUAACUGAAAUCAUCUAUAAGGGUGCUCAUAAUCAUGCAAAACCUGAUCCCACUCGUCGAGCCAUGGUUGGAUCUGUGCCAAUUUCAGGGGAUACUCCAGAAAUUGGUGAAGGUGGUGGAAACCAUUUCAAACUUGAAGCUGGGCUGACGUGGAGGAACACUCAAUAUGGGGUGAAGGAUAUCAAACCUAUCUCAAAUUGUAGUGUUGAUGGUCUAGAGAGGACGUCCUCUGUGUCAGUUUUGACUGAACUUUCUGAUCCAUUGUUAAAUCCCCAAGAGAAAACUGUUGGGGUUCUUGAACCGGUAGGAACACCUGAGCUUUCAUCCACACUUGCCAGUCAUGAUGAUGAUAGUGGUGGUGGUGGUGACGAUGAUCUUACAACUCAGGGAAGCAUUUCAGUUUGCACAGAAGCUGAUGAUGCCGAACCUGAAUUGAAAAGAAGGCGAAAAGAGGAGAGUUCAAUUGAGACAAACUUGGCUUCAAGAUCUGUACGUGAACCAAGAGUUGUUGUCCAAAUUGAAACUGAAGUUGACAUACUUGAAGAUGGGUAUCGGUGGCGGAAGUAUGGUCAAAAAGUUGUCAAAGGAAAUCCAAAUCCAAGGAGCUACUACAAAUGCACGAGUGCAGGUUGCUUAGUAAGGAAACAUGUUGAGAGAGCAUCACAUGAUCUGAAAUGUGUCAUUACAACGUACGAAGGGAAACACAAUCAUGAAGUUCCAGCAGCAAGAAAUAGCAGUCAAGUAAACUUGAGUAAUGGCAAUGCCCAACCACCUGCGUCUCAUGUGCAACCGAACAUGGGUUUGUCUAGAAACUCAAACGUCCCAAAGUCCGAAACAGAAAUUCAAGAUCUUGCCACCCAUUUUUAUCCAAAACCAGAAUUUAACCAUGACUAUCAAAGGUCUGGUUGUUUUGACACUUUUACAAACGAUAUGAAACUUGGAGCUCCUCCAUUCUGUCAAAUGAAGUUCCCUCCACUCCGGAACACCUUGCCAUACAGUUCCUUUGGAUUAAGUUCAAAGCAUACUGCAACAGGAAUCUCUGGGUCUUUGGCAUCUGUGGUCUCGGACUUACCGAUUUCUUUGCCACUGAACCAAAAACUUUCGGCUGCUGGUUACGAUUAUACCAAUGGAAGACCAAUACUACCAUUUCAGGUUUUCUUGGCUGGUCAGCAGCUGAGGGAGACAGAUAGAUUCCUCACACCCAAACAGGAGCACGACGAUGAUAACAUCUGUGCUUCAUUCCAGCCAGUUGUUGAUAGUUCGAGUGGAUCUUCAUCGUCAUCGAUUUCAUCAGUUUAUCAACAAAUCAUGGGAAAUUUUACAUAGCUUUUUCAUUCUUCACACAACAGUAUAGGUGUAGUAGUGAAGCUUUUUUUCGUCUUAUUCAUUGUAAUUACUCAUUUAUUCAUAAUUCAAUGCCCACAAAUCCAUAUAGUUUCAACAGUAACUCUGCCUCAAUGCUCUUCAAGGUAAUUCCAAAGUGGCAAAAAAUGCUUAAGUACAAGUAGUUAUGUUAAAUUAACUGAGAACAACAGUAGCCCAGGCUGAUGCUCGACCAACUCCUGUGUAGGCUCUAAAAUAAGUUUCUCAUAGGCAUCUUACGAUCAACCAUGACCCUCAACUCAGUAGAGCUCAAUGUUUAUUUUUGAAAACCUUGUUUUUUUUAAGUCCUACUGUAGAUUACUGACUUGUAACCAUUUCUGCAUUCUUUCAGUUACUGAUGACCAUUACAGAACAGACAAUUCAGGUGAUGAAGAAUGCCCAUAGGAGAUCAUAUCUCUUCUCAGUUGGCUAUUUUGCUUAAUGCGGCUUACCACAUCAGGUGAACAAACAAGGCCCAAGAUCCGUCAUUUCCAGUGACUUAGUUGUCAAGCUCAGGGGUCGCUUUAUAGCAUUCUUAUUUUUUUGUUUGGUUCUUGUUUCCAAUUUUUUGAGGAACAUAAGCGUUUGGUAAUUGUUCCUAUUCCUUGUUUCUCAUUUUUCAUAAAUGUUUUCAAAAAUUUGUUGGAAUUUUGGCAACAAUCUCAAGUGAACAAAAAGUUUUACUUAUUAAUAAAACGUACAAAAACUAUCUACAAAUAAAUUAUAACAGUAGUUUCAAAAACUGAUUUCCAUAUAGAACUUGUACAUUUUUUAAUUUUAAAGUUUGGGAGAAGAAAAAAGGAGAAAUAAGAAAUGAUUUUGUUAUUUUCUCAAAAAAAGAAAAAGUAAAAAAAAGGAACUGAGAAACAAUUACCAAACUCAUAUAUUUUCUUCUUUAUUUAUAAGAGAGCUAUAAGUCUAUGUGAUCUGCUCUUCACUUGCAGGUUAAUGACAAAGAACAUUGGAAUUUUUCCACUUUUAUGGAUUGAUUAAUUUUAAAUCUGUUAUAUUAAUAGGAUUGAUUAAUUUUAAACCAGCUAUAUUAAUAGCUAGUUUAAACAGAUAUGUAUGUAAGGGGUGGUAUCAUAUGAAAGUAAUUUUUUUUCUUUUGUAAAUUCAUUAAAAGAAAACGGUACACGUUACAAGAUGA